UCUCGCUCCCCCCCCCCCUAAAAGCUUAAUUUCUGAAGACUCGUGUGUCAUCGAUGCAAAAAGAUUACGUUGAGGUGGACCGCAACCACAUGUCGCUUCUUUACUGCAGCUCUCUCUCUCUCUCUCUCUCUCUCUCUCUGUCUCCCCUUUGCUCGUGUUGAUCGCUGGAGAUCUUCCUUUUUACGGUGGCGAUAGGAUCUGUUAGAGCUGCGUUAGCUUUUGCUUGAAUUCUCGGGUUUCAGAGCUGGGUUGGUUUAAAUUCGUAGGAUUCCGCUUUGGAGAUUGAUGUACGAUAUAUCGUGUCUCUUAUUCCGCACGAGGUGUGCCUGAAGCGCGAGUCAGGGCUGCAGUGUUUGUUUGAUAGAUAGUGGUGUUUGCAGCUCACGCAAACAAGCUUGAGGUUUUAGUUUUAGUUUUAGUUUUAGUUUUUUUUUUUUUUUUUUUUUGGUGUUGUUCCUCUAAAUUCCCGUGUGGGCAGUGGAGUGACCCAUCUUCGACGAGCCACGGUGUUCCGGUUUCAAUUCAGGUUGACCGUUGCUGGAGGCUGAAGUGGUCUGGGCUACAUUGAGCUAAGGUGCUUCGAUCGUUUCCGCUUACGUAUUACUUUGGAAGUAGGAGGAUUGUAACCAUUUGGGGUUGAUUCAGCCAUGAAAGAGGUUCGGAAGCUUCGCGUAGCCCUACAUUCUGCCACAGAGCUGAAGAGCGCGAACAAGAUGCAUGUGUACGCUGUGCUGUGGAUGGACCCCAUCGUUAGAGUGCCAACUCCGACGACCAAGGCUCAGGGAAGGCACCCGGUUUUCGACACAACGGUCACCUUGUCGCUGGAUGACAGGACAUUAAGACUAGGUUAUCUGAACAUCGAGCUUCUUGGACAAGGAUUAAUAAGUACCAGACGGAUCGGGUUUGUCAGGGUUGAGCUGAGUGGCAUACUUGAGGAGGGGUCUGGCGGCAAUGCUGUUCUGAAAGAAUUUCGUGACUAUCCGGUUACGAGACGCUCAGGUAGGCAACAAGGAUUUCUCAGCUUCGACAUGCACUUGCAGGAAACGUCUAGCUGUGAAUCUGUGGACACUCCCAAAUCUGAUCCGAAGUCUCGAAGCUUGGCAGUUACUCCGCCCCCUAGACCCCGAGAGUUCACCCUCCAGCAGAGAUUCGACCUUGAAGGCGAGCAGUCGGACGACAUGGCUUCACCCUCGAGUAGCUCGGAAGCUGGUGAUUUCCAAAAAGCGGUUUCAUUGCGCAGAAGGAUGUACGGCAUGAGACCCAAGUCCUUUAGCGUCAACGGACUCUUGUCUUGUUACUAAAAACUUAGACAUUGGAGUGGACAACUUUUAGAACUUGUACAGUACUUAAUGGCUAUCCUUGUAUAAUACAAUUUUGGACUCUGCACAUCUCCAAUGUCUCAACCCAUUCGUUGAGCAAAUGACAUGUGUUGUCCACAUGUAUGUCGUUCUUGUUUGGUGGGACCGCAGGUGCUGAUCUGCUUGUCGCAGAAAGUGCAGUAAUGGCUUUCAGUUGCAAUUCUUUUCAAUGUGUGCGUUCCUCUUGAAAUGCAGAAAGAAACGGCCAAUUGUAAUCAA